UGCACUGUUCUCUCCAGCCACUGAGUUACCUGGAACUUCUAGUAAUUGUGUCUUUGUUCUUCCUGCUCCUGUCCACCUGGUUCCUCCGACUAUCCGGCCAAACCCUCCACCUGGGUUGGCUUCUCCACCUGGAUUCCACUCACCUGGACCAUUCUGCCUCCACCUCUGGCGUUUCCAUUCACAAGCCUGUUGCUGCAGCCUCCAUGCCCUGGAACCUUCACCAUCGACCAAACACCACGUCUGCUCCUUCUCCCUGCAGCAGCGUCGGUUCUUCAGCUUGUAAACUGAUUCCAGCGAAAACAAAAGUGAAGGCAGGCAGGCGUCGCUUCAGCCCUCCGAGUCUCCAUGUUCACAUCCAUGUAGCUGUCCAAAUGUGGAUCCUCCAGCAGAAGCUUUACCUGGGACUCAUCCUGUCACACCUGCUGGGAAAAGGUGGCGCUGUGCAGCUGUCCUGUCGGCCUGGUCAGAGCGCCACGCUGCCGUGUUCCUACAGGUAUGAGUCGGGCGGCCAGGUGUCCCAGCUGUCGGUGCAGUGGUGGAGUCCGGACGGCCAGCUGCUGUGUCACUACAUCAAACACAAGACGUUCAGGAACUGCAGCUCCGGAUACAGCAUCAGCUACCAGCCCGGCAGCAUCCGGCUCACCGUCCACCGGGUCCACGACCACGACUUCGGGACUCACGUCUGCUCGGUGAGCAAACCGCACAAGUUCACCGACGUCAACAUCGAGCUGGUCAGGAUGUCAGAGUCCAAUACUUCAGCCCCGGUGGGUGGAGUCAGUCAGUCUGGCGUCUCCUGGAGAAUCUUCGUUCUUCACGGUUUGGGAUGUUUGUUGGUUUUUAUGUAGGGGGUGAAAUGUUUAAUUUAUUUACAGAAAAGCUUCAGUUUUACCUGAAAACUCACCUGGAAACCAGAAUAAAAACCGCUGCAGUGAAGACAGUGUGUUGGUGUGGACUGUCGUCAUCAUUUACAGGAAACAUGGAAAAUAAUAAUCUUCCAUCAGAGUCAGUGUUGCUGCUGAUCAUGGAUAUAUUCAGGCUGAGAUCAUGACGAGAAGAUGAAGCUGCAUUUAUUAUGCUGCAAAUAACAUAUUUUUAAAUAUAAAAACAACAGUGGCGUCAUUCGAACGCACUGGUAUUUAAAAUAUGUUU